CUGAUGCGGUGAUAUGUUUUCAUUGCGUCCGCUCUGACGUGAAGAGCGACAGAGCCCCAAGGGUCGGACGUGUAAGUUCAGUUUCGUGGGAGAAAGCGUUUCCCUGAGCCUCACAAAACAGACGAGAAGUAGAACUGUGCCCUAUUCCUGUUUGUUUUCUUCUAUAUCACCGACUCGGGAAACUACGGCAGUUCUGAAGCCACAGGCACGCUGGUGGACACAUAAGGAUUUUCUGAUGAAAGUCAAGGUUGUCCAGCUUAAAGUCGAGGUUAUCCAGCGAGGAAGAUUUAUUGCUUCUCACAGGAAUCCGAAGAUUUUAUAGUUCACGCGAACAACAAACUUCUGUUUGAAAGGGGAUAAUAUGCGUUUGGACGAUAGAGGAAUAACCGGUGAUAAUAUGAGAGAGAAAAACGACGGUCGAAGUUUAGUCGUUUGUAACAAAAUAUCUCUGAAAUAAAAGUUUUAGAGAUUAUCUAACGUUCGUAUAUUCAAAAAUUAACCACGUUUUGGAAACGCGGAUUAAAACGCAGGCUCGUCCUUUUUGUUCCAAAUUUGAGGAAAGCGUCGACGCUCUUGUGGAAAGGAUAUUAUUAUUAUUGUUUUUUAACUUCUCAAAAGUCCCAAAAGGAGAUAAACAAGUACUGGAAUUGUACGUUUUGAACAAUUUCUGACGCUAUUUUAACCGGCGACUUACUGUUGGAAAUGAACCUGAGGUGUGACUUCCGUUAAAUAUCCGUUGGAUUUGUCAGCGAACAUUGACGGAUUCUGGGAUCGCAAUAGCUCACUGGGAGCUCAAAUGGGAUCUAUCAUGAUUUUACUGAAUAUUCUGAGCGUCCUGCUUUUAUUGGAUGAGGUGGAACUUUCCAUGGCUAGCCAUCCUGCUUUGUCAGAGCUGGGAACUCAUGGUUGGAGAGCCCCCAUGGACUGCCUGAGGGCCAGUGAGGUGUGCAACCAAAACUCACAGUGCAGCUCACGCUUCCGCAUCAUGCGCCAGUGCCUGGUAGGUCGUGACAGGACUACCAUGCUGGGCAACAGAGAGUGUCAGGCUGCCCUUGAGGUGCUGCAGGACAGCCCCCUGUAUGACUGCCGCUGCAAGAGGGGCAUGAAGAGGGAGCUCCAAUGUCUGCAGAGCUACUGGAGUAUUCAUAUGGGUCUUAAUGAAGGAAUCUUGCCCAGCCCAACACAACUGCUCGACCAAUGGGGAGAAGAACUGUAUGAGACCUCCCCAUAUGAACCGAUGCAUCUCUCUGAUGAGUUUCGACUCGCCUCCAUUAUUUCUGCCAUGGACUCUGCUUCUGCAAAAGGGAAUCUGUGUUCUGACACGGGCAAGCCCUGCAAUCCAUGCCUGGAUGCAGCAAAGGCCUGCAACCUCAACGACACCUGCAAGAAACAACGUACUGCACUCAUGGCCACCUGCAGCCCUGCAACUCCCAUUCAGCAAAUGCAUGAACCCUGCAACCGAAAACGCUGUCACAGGGGUCUGCGGCAGUUCUUUGAUCGCGUGCAAACUGAAUUCAGCUACCCAUUGCUCUUCUGCUCCUGUCGGGAUAAAGCAUGUGCUGAACGUCGCCGGCAAACCAUCAUGCCUGGGUGUUCUUAUGAGGAAAAGACAAAACCCAACUGCCUUGAGCUAAGGAGGACCUGCCGUUCAGAUCCACUCUGCAGAUCCAGGCUGGCAGACUUCCACAUGAAUUGCCAGACGACACCACAUUCAAUAACAAGCUGUCCUAAUGAUAACUACCAUGGUUGUCUGGUGUCCUACGUUGGACUUAUUGGAUCAGAUGUGACUCCAAACUAUGUGGAUGCAAGCCACACCAACAUCACCAUUUCCCCUUGGUGUGGCUGUCGAGGCAGUGGAAAUCACGAAGCUGAGUGUGAGGCCUUCCUCCGAGACUUCAGAGAGAACACUUGCCUGAGAAACGCUAUCCAGGCAUUUGGUUAUGGCACGGAUGCGGGUCUUGUUCCCAUCACGGAGUCUCAGCCGGCAGCCCCAUCAGUACAGACCAAUCUGCAACCAGCUAUCAUCACCAAACAUGUCAUUAACUCAAAUGAUGUCAAGCAAAUAGACAGGUCAUGUGUUUUCUCCACAUGUGCCAACCUUCAGGACAGUCAGCAGAAGUGUUCUAGCAGUUUUGAAUGCGCUGAUGAGAAUGUGCUGAACCCCAAUAUGGAGGGAUCCAUUGACUCGGUGGGCUCUCAACAGGCUGACAACAACAGAGCCAGACAUUCAUCUGUGACUUCAAUCAGUGUUUCUGCCGCCAUACUGACACUGGCCUUUGCACUGGCCAAUCAGGUUCUGUAAACACAGCCUGACUCUACAACUUCAGGAAGCAUCUGGUGGAUUCUUCUGACCUCAAUCAAAGAAAUUCUCUAAAGUGACAUUGAUCUCGCUCUCUCUAAGUGUGUGUGUAUGUGAGCAUCACACACCAUCUUUGAAAACCAGUCAAAACAAAAAAAUACAACAAAUCCUUCGAAGGAGCUUCUAAAAGACUCGAAACACCACUAGGAACCACCGGCGGCAGACACUAAACACAGAGAACUUCUACAAACAUCUUCAUAUGCCAGAAGGAAAGUAGCCCACUGUGUUUUUCUAUAUCAUGACAAACGGUUGAUCGAGAACAGGCUAUAAAAUGCAAUCAUGUGACCCACUGAUGAACUCUCUCUGUAUAUUUACCUAGAGAAAUCCAUUCAUUAUAAAAAAAAAAAAAUAAGUAAAAACUCUAUGCUAUCUCCCCCGCGCACAUCAGUACAAUACUGCUCACUGCCUUGGUCAUUAUCAAUAAUUCCAUGUAAAUUUUUCUUUUGUUCAAUGAAAAAAAAAAAAAAAA